AUGACCGAGGGAUCUAGAAGGCGCGAUCAGAUUGAACCAGUGCGGGAAGAUGCCGCACUACCUGCUUUACUAAAAGUCACCGACUAUGAUUUGGCCUUUCUGUCCAACUCCCUUCUCCCUCAACUUUUCCUCAUAGGGCUUGGUCUCGAGAUCCCUGACCAUCCGUGUCGCUUUUUUGUGCACCUGCUCCGUUCUGUCCACGUCUCUCUUGAAGUGAGGCCUGCAAAAUGCCAAGAGGAGUUACCCGUCCACGACUCAGCAUCAGACAGGCAAAAGUAUCUUGAAAUCGAAAGAACUGCAAAAUGGCUGAAGAUGCUGAAAAGCUGGGAAAAAUACAAGAACACUGAAAAGUUUCACAGGAGGAUUUAUAAAGGAAUCCCGCUGCAGCUGAGAGGAGAAAUUUGGUCUUUGUUACUUGACGUCCCUAAAAUGAAAGAAGAAAUGAAGGACUUCUAUAACACCUUAAAAAUCCAAGCAAGAAUGAGCUCCCCAGACAUCAGACAAAUUGAUUUAGAUGUAAAUCGGACAUAUCGGGAUCAUAUCAUGUUUAGAGAUAGAUAUGGAGUGAAGCAACAAUCCUUAUUCCAUGUUUUAGCUGCAUAUUCUAUAUAUAACACGGAGGUCGGAUAUUGUCAGGGGAUGAGCCAGAUCACAGCUUUACUCCUUAUGUACAUGAAUGAAGAAGAUGCCUUCUGGGCCCUGGUGAAACUGCUCUCGGGACCCAAGCACGCUAUGCACGGUUUUUUCGUUCCUGGCUUCCCAAAGCUGUUGAGGUUUCAAGAACAUCACGACAAAAUCAUGAAGAAAUGUUUGUCGAAGCUUAAGCAGCAUUUUGACUCUCCAGGAGAAGAGUCACCACAAGCUUUUACACAAUGAAGUGGUUUUUUUCCAGUGUUUCCUUGACCGUACUCCCUUUAGGUUAACCCUCAGGAUCUGGGAUAUC